AUGAAUAUAAGUCGUUGCUAUAGUGACAGGCCACAUAAUCAUCAUCACGAGCAAAGUCCUUAUCUUCACCAUCCUCUUCAGGAGAGCUGUAGAAUGCAUCCCUUAGGAAGAGUUUUGGCAUUUUCCCAAAAAUGCAGACUAUUUUCAACAAAUGUCAUUGAUCCAAAUAGUAUUCAACCCAAACUGUGUGUUGUGGGGAGCGGUCCUGCCAGUUUCUACGCAGCACAGCAGAUUCUAAAAGUAAUUAUAUAAAAUCAGCUUCAUGAUAUAGUCUAAAUAUGGUAAUUAUAUUUUCCAUGGAUUUUUGUGACAUAAAUGUUUAACAUUCAAUAGGCUUUGCCAAAGGUGCAGAUAGACAUUUUUGAACGUCUACCUGUUCCCUUUGGGUUAGUGAGAUUUGGAGUUGCACCUGAUCAUCCUGAAGUGAAGAAUGUCAUCAACACAUUUACAAAAACUGCCCAGGAUCCAAGAGUCAAGUUUAUAGGAAAUGUCAAGUUAGGUCAAGAUGUAUCCCUUGCAGAAUUGCAGAACGCAUACCAUUCUGUUCUUCUGGCAUAUGGAGCAGAGGAGGAUCGUUUAUUGGGUAUUCCUGGAGAAAAUUUGGAUAAUAUCCUGUCUGCUCGUGAAUUUGUGGGAUGGUACAAUGGCUUGCCUAACAACAAGGAUUUAAAAUUUAAUUUGAAUAUAGAGAAAGUUGCAAUAAUUGGCCAGGGAAAUGUAGCAUUGGACGUUGCUAGAAUUCUUUUGUCACCAAUAGAUCUUUUGAAGAAGACAGAUAUAACUGAAUACUCUCUCGCUGCCCUGGCUGACAGUAAGGUAAAAGAAGUGAAAUUAAUAGGUCGGCGUGGACCCUUACAAGUGGCCUUCACAAUCAAAGAAUUUCGUGAAAUGUUGAGAUUACCAAGAUGCUUCGUAAAUAUGAAUGCUGAAGAUUUUGCUGGCUUAGAUACCAUUGUCCCAAAUCUUCCUCGCCCCCGAAAGAGGUUAACAGAACUCCUCAUGAAGAGUAUUUCAACAAGCAAAGAAACAGAAGCAGAUAAAUGCUUUAAUCCUAUUUUUUUCCGCACUCCAAAAUCUUUUCAAUCAGGAGAAGAUGCUUCCUCAGUCGGUGCAUUGACAGUUGCUGUCAAUACAAUGGAGGGUGAAAAUGCUGUUGAAACAGAUGUUUUAGAAACUAUUGAAUGUGGUCUUGGUUCACUGAAUAUUUUUACAGGAUUGUAUGUAUCUGGAUGGUUGGGUACUGGACCAGUGGGUGUAAUUUUAUCAACAAUGACAAAUGCUUUCGCAGUUGGUCAGACCAUGGCAUCAGACAUAUUGAAUAAUACUGUUGAUGCUUCCAUAAAGAAACCUGGAUUUGAAUUUAUAGGAUCAUUAUUGAAGAAGAAAGGUAUUCAGACUGUGAGCUUUGCUGAUUGGGAACAGAUUGAUAAAGUUGAACUGUCUCGGGGGAAAGAGAAAGGUAAACUUCGUGAAAAGAUAGUUGAUGUAAAAGAGAUGCUCACAAUUGCUUCAGGCAAGCCUUAAUUACCUUUGGUGAUUGUAUUAUACAUGACAACUUGAAUAAUUAAGGUUACAGUCAACUCAUGAAGACCAAAUUUCAAUUGGUGGUAUGGCAAUAUAUUACACUGGUAUCAUGGCAGCUUCAAAGAUCCUGUUACAGUUAUUAACAUCAUUAGGAAGGUAAACCGCAGAUAACAGAUGUGGGCGAAGUUUGUAAACAAAAUGAUAACCUAGUCUGUUGUUUGAAUUAUUCAAUAUUUGUGUGUGCAGUUCAGUACUUUUUGUAAUACCAACUUAUAAAAGGAAAUAAUAUAAAUAUGAAAUUCAGUUUAUUGGAACAAGUGAAUUCAUAUGCAAUUUUUAAUUAUCUUUUGUUUUGUUUGUUCUUAUUGCUUUGUGUUCAUAUGGCAUCCUACAGAUAUAUUCUUGAAAUGUCCCAGCAGCUUGGAAGUAGUAUGAGGCUUGGGACAGUUCAACCAGCAUCUCUUGAAUGCCAUUAUGAAAUGGAACUAUGGCUUGGGUUGCUUGUGCCUAUGGCAGGUCCAUAGCAUCGCCAUGUUACUUUCCAUCAAACUAUCAAUAAAAAAUAGCUAGAAAAUAUGCAGAGGAGGUAGUUUGCUCACUUGCUUUCCUUUGAUUGUAAUCUGGAUUUAAAUUGAAUGGAAAUUCUAUUAACCUGAUAUCUGUAUUGGACUACACAGACCAGGAAUCUUCUAGUUUUACCAAUCCUUUACAAACAAAUGUAAAUAUAUGCUGUUAUUUCCACAUAAUGAAACAGUCUACAUUUGAACGUAAUUUUUGCAGUGAAUUUAAAAUGAUACAUUUGAGAACCUAUUUGCUUGUCUCAUCACUUAGGAAAAUUUAAAUUAAAAAAUAUUACUUAACUCCUUGCUAUUUUUUAUUGAUUCUUUUUCUCUUGUUUUGUGUAAGAAGUAGAAUUUGUAAAUAUUUUAUUCUGUUGAUUUGUCUCCGAAGUUUUAAUUGUGUCUAUUCACUGACUUGGUAUUGUUUUAAAAUAAUAUUCUUUCCCAAAUAUGACCUACAUUAACACCACAUUAACACAAAUUUUUGGAAAAGAAACUCUUAUUGCCGGGCCCUGGUUCUGAAAAAGUGGAUAAAUCCUGUUGCUUCUUUUUCUUGUGAGUAUUUUUCAGCUCUUGUGGCUGUCUCACAUCUGUGUCCAUACUCCUCUAUAAUUCCAAUCAUUCUUUUCUUUGCAUAUCUUUAGAAAUCAAAUUCUGCUAUUCCUCUCUGGGUCUACUUCUUUUCUUCUGUCCAAAGGAAACCACUCACAAACCUUUCUGGGCCAUUUCUCACAAUCAAGCCUUUUCAUGUGAUGAAACCAUUUCAGCCUUAGUUUUUUCCAAUUCAGUGAUAAUUGCUUUUUGAACCUUUAUUCACUCAAUAAUUAAUUCAUUUCUAAUAUGUUCCAUUUCAUAUACUCUACAACUUCUUAUCAGAAUCCAUUUGUAGACUCAUAAACUUUUCUCUUUUUCUUUUCCUGAAUUCAUAAGAACAGAAAAUAAUAAAGGAACCCAAAGGGUUUCCAACUCUAUGUAAGCCUUGUUCAAAGCACAUGAACACAAUAUCCAAAACCUGAUCCAAAACAAAGAUCUACAUUCUCUAGAGACUUGAUUCUCAGGUCUCUCGAGGCAAAGUUGGCAAACGGACAGUGUAAAUCAAAGGACACUUCUACACAGCCCUACUUUUGUUGCCAGCAGCAAAGCUGAAUUAGCUUCAGAAAAUGUGAUUUCUCAAAACCCGUGUCAGUUAGAUCACUAAUGUACCAAUGUGAAAUUGGUGAAUAUCUCAGACUACUAAGUCAAGAAAUUCAAAUAUUUUGCUGUAAUGCCUGAAUAUUCACAUUCUUUUUGUUGGUAUUACUUGUCUUUCUGUUUAACAUCUGCUUCCAAAUAUCGCCUUUGUUCAGAGUUAUUCAGUGGGUACAACAAUUUGAUAAACUCUUGACUACUAAGCUACAUGGUGAAAAUUUAACAGAAAAGAAUGGUUGUAUUUUAUUCUUCUCAUCUUGAAACUGGAGAAAAAUAUUUUUUUAUAUUCUGACAGUUCUCAAUGAAAAAAUUAAUUUAAUAAUUGUGUGAUAUGCUUGAAAUGUGAUUAUUUUGCCCUUGCUCAAUUUUUUUGAAUACAUAUGUAUUUUAGGCCUGUUUAAAUAAAUAUCAAUUUAGUUUCUAGUCUAGUUAGAUGAGACUUGUAAUGUAUAUUUUUCUGAUGUGGAAUUGUGUCUCUAGAAAUUGUAAAUGUUUUUUGUAGUAUUAGAAAUCAUUCCAAGAAUGAAUGUAAUAUUUGUAUAUUUUGUUAUAAAUAGAAAAAUAUAUUUUUAUAAUAUUUAAAAUUUGCAAUGUAUAUGAAAAUGUAAUUACUGAUUUACUCAUAAAUAUAAAUCUUGAAAAAUGUUGA